UGAGAGACUACUAAUUAAAAAUGUGUCGUGAACAUAAUGUCUAAGGCGGCCUUCUCUUAAUUUUGCCAAAAAAUAGUAAAGUGCUUCCUAAUUCUAAAAAAAUGGAGGUAAAUAGAUUAAUUUAAAUUUUUUUAAAAAAAAAAAAAUAAAAAAUAGAAACGGCUAUUUUUACUGUCGUUGUCUUCAUAUCAUUACGAGAACCACAAAGCUCUUUUUCGGGAAAAGCGCUAACCCACACAACCACACUUCACUCGAUCAAUAACCCCAAUAAUAAAAAUAAAUAAAUUAUAAUCCCUUUUUAAUUAAUUUAUUAACCGAAAUUAUUAAAGCAAAGACUAUGAUUAAAUACCAUAAUUUAAUAUUCUCAACAAAAAUAUAGACUUAUUAAACUCCCACUUUAUUAUUAAAAUCCUAUUUUAAAAAACAAUAAUUCAACACGUAGACCGCGUCUAUUUAUUUAGACCACUAAAAAAAUUCCACCUCAAAAAAAAAAAGCCGUUAUAUAAAUAACCUAAAAAUAACCAUAAGCUUAAUAGACUCUUCCCCCUAUUUUCUCUCUCCUCCUAACACUGUUUUUCUGAUUAACAAUGGGUCGUCCUCAAAAAAUGAAAAACUUAGUCGGAAUUCUCAAAGACAAAGUCUCUCUUAUCAAAGCCACCCUUUUAUUGUCCUCUAAACCAACCACUUCUUUCCAUAUUGCGGUGCUACGCGCCACCACGCACCGCCACCCUUCGGACCCGCCCCCGCUCGACGCGGUUUUAUCUUUAGUUAACCAUUACCGCCCUUCUACCUCCGGGGUCUUAAUCCACGCGCUACUGCAACGUCUUCAUGGGACCACCAGUGUCUACGUGGCACUCAAGUGUUUGCUGACGCUGCACCACGUCAUCAUUCAUGGUUCCCCUGCUUUGAAGGAGGAGAUCUUGGGUUAUUCGAGUGGACCGUUGUUGAAUUUGUCGGGUUUUAAGGAUGAUUCGGGGGGUGACACGUGGGAUUUGUCGGAGUGGGUGAGGUGGUAUGGUGACGUCAUUGAUCACGGUGUCGGGUUGUCGCGGCGGAAGAACAGGGGAGGAGGGGGAGAGAGAUUAGGGUUGUUGAUUAGUAUGGUUGAGGUGAUUUGUGGGGCCCCAGAAAGUCUCCAUUAUCAAAGAAUAAGUUUGAUAUACGAAGUAAUUAAGCUUGUUGGAGAAGAUUAUCGGAUGAUUAUGAGAGAGAUUAAUGCUGUAAUCAAUCAAUUUGGGAAGAAAAGAAUUCAAGAUUUGAGCAAUGAUUUAAUUGGGGAAUUAUUGAAUGAUUUAAAAAGGCUCGAAAAUUGCCGGGAAAAAUUGGUUUUGAUGUUCUUGAAUAAGAAGAAUGAUGGGGUUUGGGAAUUGAUUGAAGAAGUGAGGAAAGAUGUUGAGGAGGUUAAGGAGAGGAGGGAGAAUAUGAAAUUGGUGAUGUUUGAUGGGAGUGAGUCGACUCGGGUGGCGGAGAACCGAGUUGGUGAGUCAAGAUCGGUUUCGGUCGUGCCGCGGCGGCGGAGUAAACGGUGGUUGGAUGUUGAAUGGAAUACAAUGGUUGCUUCUUAUGGUUGAGUUUUGCUCUUUCAAAAAAAAAAAAAAAAAUGGUUGAGUUUUGCUUAGUAUUGUCAAGGUUGGUUUCUCAAGUGUGAAUUUGGAGAUUGGUAGUUUUAGGUCAAUUUUUGGAAUAUAAUAUUUGUACAUUCUUAUACUACUAGUAUUAUUUUUUGAUGGACAAAAAAUCAGAAACAUUCCUUUAGUUUUUUAAUUACUUAGCAAAUAAGGAAAAUAAUUAGGAAUAAGUCAAUAAUGAAAGAAGAAACUGUUGUUCAGGUCAGUGUCUUUUUGUGAUUAUUUCCUGAUAUGUGUGAAUGAAUAUAAUGUGUGUUCUAAAUUUCUACGGAAUAAUAAACUUGUGUUAUCUUUGAUUUUC